GUAGAUGUUUACAGUUAAACUACUUAACUAAAUCCCGCUUCAAAAUGAGAGAAGUCCUAAUCUUUUGAAUUGUCCCACAAUCUUAAAUUUUACAAGCUCACAAAAACCAAUUGAACUGUUGAUGUUAAAUUUAAUGCGGAUGGCUAUAAAUAACACUCUUCCCCCUUUUUCUUCACCACCAGCAUUUGAUUCAGUGCAAACAAAUAUUCGUGAUUUCAUUGAUUGAUCAGAGCAAAAAUUAUAUAGCCCACCCCCACACCCAAUUCAUUACUACUACUUCCAUUUAAUUCAGAAAAAAAAAAAAGAAGAUUAACCCAACAAUCCAAAAUCACAAGUUGACACAUACACCACCACCCACUGUGUGUAAAUCCAUCAAUGAUGCUGAUGAUGAUGAAGAUGGCCCCUGAAUCUUCUUCAUCAACUGGGCGUUUCAUUUCUGUUUCUUUAAUGGGCUUCAUUCUGAUGUUGAUCAUGUUCUUGACGUUGAUUUCUACGGCGGAGUCAGCAUCAGUUCAUCAAGAAUCCAAGUCAAGAUUGUUGCUUCAAGAAGUCAAGACCAGGCGCCACCAUUUGGCGGCGGUUCAUGGUCGGAGUACGGCUGAUUGGAAUUCCAUCUCAAUUCCAGGCGGUGGCGGUGCUAAAGGGUCGCCGCCGCAUGUUGUGUGCUUUCAGCUUCAGAGAAUCCGCCAUUACUGCCCGCCUUUCCCUGCUCUGGCGCCACCAACUCCGCCGUCUUCUUCUUCGCCGGGGGAUUAUGAGAUUGACCCAAGAUAUGGCGUCGAGAAACGAUUAGUCCCUUCUGGCCCCAACCCUCUUCAUAACUGAAGAAAAUAAACGAAAAGAAGACAAAUUUGCUUUCUCCCCAUUUCAUCAUCUCCGGUUUCCGUACAAUUCUAAUUAGCCCAUGUUCUUUCUUUCCGUUUCUUGAAUUCUUACCUUUUUUGUUUCCUUCACUUUCUUGAAUACCAUUUUGAGGUACCAGCUUCUUUUUACCAUUUUAAUCCGUUUAGACUUUAGAGGGGGCUCUUUUCUUUUCUUUUUUUUUUUGCUAUUUCCACUCUUGUUUUUGGUCUUUGGUGGUGGCGGAUUCAGAGAACUUUCAUCAAACGGUUGGGAGCAACGAAAACAAGCUUGGAAAUAGUCAGCCCAGUUUGGGGGUAUGGAACGGGGGCAAGUCUUCGGUUCAAAUUUUUUGGUUUGGAGAUGGAAAAACGAGUAAGCCAUGAAGAUCAAGAGAAGCCCAUGAGUUCCAUUAAUUCUCAUGAUACAUUUAUUAUAGGGUAGAAGAAGGAAUGAAAGCCCAAAGGAAUUUCUUGGCCAUUUGGUGUGUUUUUCCAUUUUCUUUUUUUUUUUUUUUGCCCUUUUCUUUAAUCUCACUUCAAAUAUAGCCAUGUAAAUUCAAUCUAUGGAUACAUUUACAUAAAUUUCUUCAAAUUUUACUUCUUUUUCC